AAAGGAAAUUAGAUAUUUAAAAUUGGAGUUCAGUCAUUUAAUCUGUCCUCCGUCAAAAUUAAGGAUAUAUUUGAAUCGAAAAUAGGGGUAUAUUUAAACUAUUUUCGAUACUACUGGGGUAUAUUUAAUCCUUUUCCAUUUUGCAAAAUUAGAAAAGCUCUUUUGUUUUUAAAACAAAGAAGUUUGGGAUCUGUAGAAGCUAUGUCGAAGAAGAAUAAUGGCGGACCAUGUGUUCAACAAAAUGAGGAAUAUUGUUACGAUCCAGUUAGAUGGUUGAAUCUGAUGGUGUCUGAGCCUUAUUAUCUAUUUCACUUGCUCGUUUUCUUCACUUACAUCCCAAUUCGCUGCUCCGCUUUCCAAAUCCUUUCACCUGCUCGCAAUUCCUUACUUCUUAAACGAGAGAUUCAGGUGUUUGUUGCAUACUGUGUCUUGGCUGUUGUGAAGAUUGUAAGGACAGAAAGCUGGGAAUCCUUCAUUCAAGAUACUUUGUUGUUUGCUAAGAUUUUCCUUACUGCCAUCGCUUUAGUUUUGGAUUAUCACUUGGCUCUCUGGUAUGCAUUGGCGUUUUUAGUUAUACACAUUAUAGCACAACAGCCUCCUUAUGAAGGACUAGGUUCUUCAAAUCAUUUGACACCAUUGCAGUUGGAGGCUUUGCUUACUGAAGGAAAUACGUCACGAUUUUGGCUGGUCGAAUUUCGUGCUUUCUCCACAUCGGCUUGCGUAUGCACAAGUUCCUUUUUUCCGGAACUCUCAAUAACAUACUCAAAUGCAAAUUUAUCUUUUGGGACAGUUGAUCUUGGACUCUUCCCUAAUGCUGCAGAAAGAUUUGGCAUUCCUCUUGGAAGCUUGAACCAACUUCCGGUGUACAUUCUAUUUGAGAAUGCUAUAGAGGUUGCACGCUUUCCAGAGUUUGAUUCUGAGCCAUAUGUUUUUGGUCCCACCAUUACAAAGAAACUUCUUUGUGGGCGUUUUGAGCUAGACAAAAAACUUCUGGAUUAUAUAAAUGGAAAAUAGGUCAGACAUGAAAGGUAUUUGUUUCGUCUGGGCGUUUGUUCUUCCAACCCCAAUAGAAGAAGAUAUUAUUCGUUCUCAUUCAGUUUCUCGAGCUACUUAAUCGCUUCUGUUAUCCCCUCAAAAUUCGUGUAACAACUAUAGGCAAACAUGUUAAAGUGUUGGAUCAGAGAGGUUAGUUCGUUCACCCCCUUGGGUGGGGAACAUGAAAUUGAAGGUUCUACUUGUAAGGAAAAUUUCUGUUUCUUUCAUAGUUGAAGGGGGAAGAUGGGACCUAAUUUUGACUGGAUUCAGAAUUGUAACAUUGUAGUUCAAAUUGUGUCUUUGUGACCACAAGGAAAGAUUUUUUUUCUUGGUGUUUCAA